CUCUCGCCAAAGUUACGAAAUCUGCCCUCUUAUGGCGCCAAGGAUUGACCGCGACUCGUAAUAGUUUAAGAACAUUUACAAAAUGGAAUUAACUUUAUUUUCUUAAUAAGAAAUGGCUGCGCAAGGAAGUAGUAAUCAAGCAACAGAUUUCUGUUUGAAGGAAAACUUUCUGGCCGCUUUUGAAACAAUAAAAUUCUCAAGUGUCGGGACUCUUGAGGAUCCGUCAGAUGUUGAACGAAGACUUCUAGCUUAUAAAUACAUGGUUGCAACGAAAUUCGAUUCAAAGGAGACUGCAGCGACUCUACUCAAAAGAGGUCUGGAAUCAUACCAAAGUCCAUUAAUAUCUGGAACUGACAUUGGCAGCUACUUUCAACGAAUAAAGGUAAUUCUUCCACAUCUCGAUAACGGUCCAAUCAAAUGGAAAUCAGCUUUAUCCGAUGCUGGAUCGGUACUUCAAACACAGGACCAUUUAAAAUGUAGUACUAAGGAUAACAAACUCUGUGAAGAACAAUAUUCUAACAAGCAAAUAGAGAAUUUGGUUAAUUCUUGGAAAGGUAAAAGUCAUUCGCUUCAAUUUAAACCAAGGUGUAGCAAUAAAAAGCUUCAACAAGAUACUGAGAAUAAUAGUGACGAUGAAGAAGAAAGGAAGCCUAUUGAAAGGACUUAUAAUUCUCGGCAUACAAACGUCAAACGUAAGCGUGCUGGAUUUCAGUAUUUUAGGCCUGAACGUAGUACAAGUCCUGAGAAUGUGCAGGAAGACAAGGAAUUAAGCAAAUCGGAAGACAUUUAUAGAGGUUCCAGUUCGCGAACGUUUGAUACAAAAAAUUAUGGCUCAUCGUGGAAUAAAGAGGAUGAAGAGAAGCAUACGGCCAAAUUUCUUGGAUUCAGGUCAGCUCGAGCUGAAUUCCAGUCUCAGCAACUUAAAUCAAACAAACCACAGCAGAAAAAGACGCUUGGAGGUCGAGGUUCCGUUAACUCUAAGUUUGUUUGUCCAUUAAAACGGGAAAAUAACGAACCAUCAACAUUUGAAGGUUCCAAGGCCAAUGAGGCAAUGGAUGUCGAAGAUGAACGAUUAAAAAACAUAGAUCCAAAAAUGAUAGAGCUAAUUCGUAAUGAAAUCAUGGACAGUGGAGUGCCAAUUACCUGGGACGACAUAGCAGGUCUAGAAUAUGCAAAAAAGACUAUAAAAGAAAUUAUAGUCUUUCCAAUGCUGAGGCCUGAUAUUUUUACUGGAUUGAGAAGACCCCCGAAAGGGGUUUUAUUAUUCGGACCACCAGGAACUGGAAAAACUUUAAUCGGCAAAUGUAUUGCUUCGCAAAGUAAAUCCACUUUCUUCUCGAUCUCUGCAAGCUCGCUAACUUCAAAAUGGAUUGGCGAGGGUGAAAAGAUGGUUCGGGCAUUAUUUGCAGUCGCCAGAGUACAUCAGCCAUCCGUAGUUUUUAUCGAUGAAAUCGAUUCACUAUUGACUCAAAGAUCGGAAACCGAGCACGAAAGCUCUCGAAGAAUUAAAACAGAAUUUUUAGUGCAGCUUGACGGUGCAGCAACUGCGGAGGAGGAUCGAAUCCUGGUAGUAGGAGCAACGAAUCGACCCCAGGAAUUAGACGAAGCGGCUCGUAGGAGACUUAUUAAAAGGCUUUAUGUUCCAUUGCCAGAGCUUGAAGCUCGUAAACAAAUAAUUGUUAAUCUUUUGUCCUCCGAGAGGCAUAGUUUAACUACUAGGGAUAUCGAAGAGAUCGCUGAGUUAUCUAAAGGAUAUUCAGGUGCUGACAUGACAAACUUGUGCAAAGAGGCUAGUAUGGGUCCAAUUCGUAGCAUACCCUUUAAUCUGUUGGAAAAUAUUAAGAAAGAAGAUGUUAGGGAAGUAACAGUGGAAGACUUUAAACAGGCAUUGACGUAUGUUCGAUCAAGUGUUUCGCAAGCUGACUUAUCGAUCUAUGUUGAGUGGGACCGCACUUAUGGAACUGGAACAGCUCAAAAUUACACUUUGUAAUACCAUUUGAAAAUAUAAUUUUUUAUAUUAAUGUGAAGUAUUCAGUAUCAAAUAUCACACAGUAGACAAUGUAUCUUCAUUAAGAAACAUUAGUUAAAAUUAACGUGAAACCCUUUAUCUUAUAUAAAUAAAAACUAUUAUUUAUGACACUGGGUAUACGAAGAAAGUUCUUUUACAUGGCUACAAGAAUAUCACACGAGAUUUAUGUACAUAUAAGAACUAAUGAUUUAAACACUCUGGCCUUUUAAAACAUAAGACCUAACAGAUUUUUGUAAUAUGUACGGCAGUCUCGCUUGCUGCAAUUAAAUACUGCUCAUUCUGGUAA